GUCAACACAACCGGCUAAACACCUUGAGAGCUUAAGCAUAAUCACCAAACUGCUCUCUGACUUGUGUCUGUGUUUGGAAAGUCCUCUGCGUCUCACACUGUUUUCAUGUACACCCAUUAAUCUCUUUAAUUCUCCCCAUCUCAUUAAAUUGUUGUCACAUAUUUUCUCAUUCUUUGCCAAGAAAAAUAUGGCCAAAAUUUGUGUGCUGCUUUGUUUCACCCUCCUAGCUGCUUCUGGGUUUGCCAAUGUUUCUGGUUCUGAACCAAAGGGGAAGAAGGUUGGCAUAUAUGAGCUCAAGAAGGGGGAUCUUUCAGUCAAAUUCACGAACUGGGGUGCAACUAUCAUCUCCCUUGUCUUCCCUGACAAAAAUGGAAAGCUGGCUGAUGUAGUUCUUGGGUACGAUACAAUCAAGGAGUACACGAAUGAUACUUCAUACAUUGGUGCUAUUGUUGGAAGGGUUGCUAACAGAAUUGGAGGAGCUCAAUUCACAUUGAAUGGAACUCAUUACAAGCUAGUUGCUAAUGAAGGAAAAAACAUUCUUCAUGGUGGGCUUAUAGGAUUUAGUGAUGUUGUUUGGAAAGUGCAGAAGUAUCAGAAUGAAGGCGAUGCUCCUCACAUUGUCUUCACCUACCAUAGUGCAGAUGGUGAAGAAGGAUUUCCUGGUGAUCUGCUAGUCACAGUAAGCUACACUCUCCUUGGAGACAAGCAAUUGAGUGUCAAAAUGAAAGCCAAGGCUCUAAACAAGCCUACCCCAGUGAAUCUAGCUCAACACACCUACUGGAACCUUGGUGGUCACAACUGCGGUGAUGUUCUGUCCCAAUAUAUCAAGAUCUUUGCAUCCCAAAUCACUCUGGUAGACAGCCAUCUCAUUCCCACUGGCAAGUUUGCAUCUGUGAAAGGAACCCCUUAUGAUUUCCUCAAACCAAAAGCCGUUGGCAGCAGGAUCAACAAGCUGGCCAGCGGUUACGACAUCAACUACGUGCUUGAUGGAGGAGCAGGCAACAAGUUGAAGCCGGCAGCGGUGGUGUAUGAUAAGAAGUCGGGAAGGGUUUUGGAGCUGUCAACAAAUGCUCCUGGUUUGCAGUUUUACACAAGUAACUCUCUCAAGGAUGUGAAGGGAAAAGGUGGUUUUGUAUAUGAACCACAUGCAGCAUUGUGUUUGGAGACUCAAGGAUUUCCUGAUGCAGUCAAUCACCCUAAUUUUCCGUCAACGAUUGUGACUCCAAAAAAGCCCUACAAACAUAAUAUGCUGUUUAAGUUUUCAACUAAAGCACCAUAUGCCUCAUAAGUUUCAUAACAAGAAGAGUGUGCAUAUAACUCUUUAUUUGUAAUCUUGAGGAAAUGACAUCGUUUUACCUUUUGUAGUUUGAGUUUCUUGUAAGGUUAGGCCUUUGAAUUAAUAAAUGUCAUGAUACAUCCUAAUGAUUUUCUUA